GAAUGCCCGAGUCACCGCAUGAGUCACUGUAGCUACGGGAUCUACAUACUAACCUCGGACAUUUCGAGAACCGGGAACACCGAAAAUACCGAUAACACCGACGGCAACUCAUCUUCACGGCACCGAAGGGGGGCAUACCCAAAUUUAGACGGCUGUUCCUACUCACAAUGACACAUUCUAAUUCAUACCUACCUACCUAUUCAUGCCUAGACCUACAGGCUAAAAUGGAGAUCAAAAGCAAGGAUCAUGUACCCAUGCGACCCAUGGCCAGAACCCCAUAGGGACACCUACACUAGGUACAUAAACGUGCUACUUAGACGUAGGCUGCUCGAAUAUAUAAUCCUUCAGAAAUAUUAUUUCCCUACGUUCCCCUCUUGGUCUCUCAGUGUGUAUGUCUUCUGUGUAUACAUAUAUCUGUAUAUAAUUGGAAUCACUUUGUUUUGUGUUAUAGUUUAGUUACGGUUCACUUACUAUGGCCGACGGAAAUAUUGAUACCAGCUUCCAAGCCUCCAUCGAUGCUGGCACGAUCCGUGGUGCUAUCAUAUGCGCCACCGACGCCGAAGGCCACUUCACCUUCGAAAAGACAAUAGGAGAGCGUACGUUGCUAUCUGGAGAGAAGCGACCUCACAAACUUGACGACGUGCUAUUCCUCGCUUCGGCCAGUAAGCUGAUCACUGCCAUCACUGCUUUACAGUGUGUAGAGGAUGGGCUUCUAUCACUUACCGGCGACCUUUCAUCCGUCGCGCCUGACCUUGCCGCAAAACAGGUCCUUACCGGGUUCUCUGAAGAUGGCGAGACGCCUCUGCUUGAGCCACAGAUCCGCCCUAUCACACUUGAGAUGUUAUUAACUCACAGCUCUGGUCUCGCCUACCAUUUCCUCAAUCCCCUCAUCGCUCGCUGGCGCGAGAAGUCCCGCGCGGAGACCAAAGCAUCCGAUGAAAGCGGCAAGAAGACGGUCGAAGAGUUAUUCGAUUACCCGUUAAGCUUCCAACCUGGUUCUGGCUGGUUAUACGGGUCAGGGCUCGACUGGGCUGGCCGCAUUGUGGAGCGUGUGACUGGCAAGACGCUGCUCGAACGUAUGCAGGAGCGCAUUUUUAGCCCACUCGGGAUUUCGGACGCCCAAUUCUACCCGGUGACCCGAGAGGAUCUACGCACGCGCCUUGUCGAUUUAAACCCCGAUGAUCCAGAGGCUCUCGGUCGCGCCGUGCUAGGCGGUGGCGGCGACAUGAACAAGAACACAAAGGGCGACUUUGGAGGUCACGGUUUAUUCAUGACAGCUCCGGACUACGUCAAAGUACUACACUCGCUACUAGCCAAUGACGGAAAGAUCCUCAAACCGGAAACGGUCAACGACAUGUUUGAACACCAUCUCAGUCCGGAAGCGACCGAGAGCCAUCGAGCCGCACUGGUCAGCCCCAUGGGCGUCUUCUUCCGUGUCGGCACUACAGUCGAUGCAUUAUCGGGACACGGGCUUGGCGGCCUGCUCACAUUGCAAGACGUCGAUGGCUGGUACGGCGAUCAUACCCUCACCUGGGGAGGCGGUAUGACCUUUGCCUGGUUCGUUGAUCGUAAGAACAACCUGUGCGGUGUUGGCGCUAUCCAGGCUACGGUUACCUUAGACGCUGAUGCUAUAGAAUCGCUGAAGCAAACCUUCCGCCAUGACAUCUACCGCAAACGCGCCGCUUGGGAGAAGGAGCAGGCGUCGUGAUAUAAACAUUUCAUCUUUUCGUUCGAUCGGUUUAUACUAGAUAGUCCGUCAAAUCCGUUUUAUGUAUGUAGCGUAUUGUCCAACACCCCUCAUACGAUUUGAGGAUAUAUAUCAUCAGGGAUCACAGACGGAAGCCCUGGAUAUGACCAUUUCCAAAAGAAUUAAUUCAUGUAAAGCUCAAAAUGUCUACUUGUCUAUAGUGGUACGCAAAUUAUCCGUCUGGUUAGUAGUUAAAGUUUUCCCGAUAAGAAAGGGGUAUCUAUACCUUUACUCUUCAGCUUGCUUGUGUCACGAGGUGGAACUAAACAGUAUGGUAACACCUUCGUUGUUCCGCGAGGAACUCUAGCCUAGCUACGGGGAUCUAUGUCUA